CAAAGGAUUGCAUUUGUCCCUCUCAUACUAGAAUAUGGCCGUUGCUCUGCCAAUGCUUUCACUUUCACAUUCACUUUCAGUGAAGGUGAAAGCUUCAUGGGACACACAGCAGAGACUCUCCUACAACCCUCACCGCCUAACACCCAAAACCCCCAAAAUCCCUAAACCAAGUAUCUCCACAACUACUACCUCAACAACUCGUACGGACUCACCUGCUUCAAUCCUUCUCAAUACCCAUGUUCAAAACUCCAAGCAAGUGAAAUUGGAGAAAACGUAUCUGGGUUACGAGACAUGGUUGCCAAAUCCACCGAAAGUGGAGAAACCUCGAUCUGUGUAUAAUGCGGCAUCAUUAGCUUACAUUGGAGACUGCAUAUACGAGCUUUAUGCUCGGAGACACUUUUUGUUUCCUCCGCUUAAUAUUGAAGAAUACAAUGAUCGUGUGAUGGCUGUUGUACGUUGUGAGGCCCAAGAUGCAUUGCUCCAGAAAAUUCUCAAUGAUAAUUACUUGUCAGAAGAGGAAAGGGGUGUACUUCGGUGGGGGAAAAAUAUUGGCGCAGCUAAAACACGGCCCAAAAAGCGUGCUGGUGUAGCAGUUUAUAACAGAGCAUCUUCACUGGAAACACUAAUCGGUUAUCUAUACCUGACAAAUGUGAAGCGUUUGGAAGAAAUCAUGCUGAAGUUGGGAUUCUCGUCUGGUGCUUCUACCCAGUUUAUCCUAGAGGAAGCAAAUAGCAGGGAGUGAGGAUCAUCAUCUUCGGAAAUGGGGGUGAAGACUGGUUUGUGCCAUGAACCGGCAUGCAUGUAUCUUUCAUUGUCAAUUACAGAGCACCCUUUGGUGAGAGAUUUCAAAGAUUCAUUUUUGUAUAGAAAUUACUCAAAAAUCAAUCAAUAUCUGAAGUUUACGUCUUAUGCUUUUGUCAGAAACGCUAUUUGUCUUGAUUGAAAUACUACUAAUUUGGUAAUUCA